GAAGGGGUGAGAGGCAAGUGACCGAGAAACAAAAAAAAGAAGGAACACGGAAAAAAGUUCCCUUUUCACGGGUGCGUACGUUCCGAUAAGGAUCCGUGCGUACCGCCGAUUAGCACACUCGAACUCAUCAUCCACGAUGGCCCUGUCCGGUGCUCUGGCGUGAGGCGUUGUGUUCAGGUUUGCAUUCCACGGCCGCUGUGUGUAGGACGAUAAGGAGGAAAGUGAAUCAGACAGUCCGAGCUAGAAGUAGGCGAGAUCUCAAGGCAAGCGAUCGAGGCUGCAAAGUGGUGAAAACGGUCCCCACCAGUUGUUCGCCUACUUGUGCCCGGAGGGGUUCAACUGCAGCUAGAAGACGGCCUUAACUACCGCGCCCACCAACGAGCACGGAGGGCAAAGUGCGCCCAUGACGACCGACGACGGGACUCGAGCGCCUGCGGUUUGUCUCCGAACGGAUUCGUACGCCAGCUGUUGACCUGUUCCGACGACGCCACGGACGGUCAUUUCAACUCCAGCAGAUCGUUCUCCUCUUCACCGUUUCAUCGCGAACAAUCCCGCAGAGUGCCACUGAGGAGGAUGCACUUUUCCAUACCGAGCACGCAGGAGUUCAGUUCCGAGGGAGGCGGAUCAUCGUUCACGGGAUUCAAUAUACACAUCAAUGGCAGUUUUCACUGUUGCCUUCGGUACAAGCAGCUGCACAGUUUGCACGAGCAGCUCAAACGAUCCCUCCCGUCGAUGGUGUUGCCCAGCUUCCCGCCGAAGAAGCUGCUGUCGCUUACGCCGAACCAGAUCGAACAGCGACGAUUAAGUCUGGAGCGCUACAUACAACUGGUUGGCCAGGAUCCGGUACUGUGCCGCUCGGAGCUGCUGCGUGCCUUUCUGUUGAAUGCGCAACAGGAAUCGUCCUUUACCGAGUGCAGCGAGGUAACGCUGGACGUCUACCUCAUGAACGGUUACCGGAUUGCGGCCACCGUCUACUCGACCGACUGUACGGCGAAGGUGCUGGCGAAGGCGACCGCCCUGAUCGAUCUGCCGCCCGAACGGCUCUGCUACUUUGCCCUCUAUCUGAUGCGUAUCGAGGCGACCGGUGAGCUGACGAUUGUGAAGCGUUUGAUGGACUUCGAGGCACCGUACAUUUCACAGAAACAGUGGGAAGGCUGCCGGUUGGUGCUGCGCACCGGUUACUGGGAUCCUUGCUACGAUGUGGAACUGAUGCGCGAUCGGAUCGCGCUCAAUCUGCUCUACAUGCAGGCGCUAAGCGAUGUCAAACGUGGCUGGAUUGUGACGACACGCGAUCUAGCGGAACAGUUGACCAACCUGCAGGCACGUGGCAAUAAGAGUGAGUAUCUCGAGAUCGUACGCAAGCUGCCACUGUACGGCUGCCUACAGUUUCCGCGUGCCUGCGUGGACUACCCGGAACCGAACACGGUGGCCACAGUGGCGCUCGGUAACAAGGAGCUGAAUCUGUUGAGCUGCGUCGACGAGGGCAAGGAAGUGCAGGAAACCAAAUUCAAAGUCACGCGCAUCCGUUGCUGGCGCGUAACGCCGGUUCUCGCGACCGAUGAACAGUCUACGAAUGGCCAUCAAACGCAUCCGUCGACGAUCGUCGGAAUGGAGCUGUCGUUCGAGUAUCUGAUGGCCAAGAACCAGCUCAAAUGGAUCACCAUCUAUAGCGAGCAGUCGAUGCUUAUGUCCGUGUGCCUUCAAUCCAUCGUCGACGAACUGUUGAACCAGAAAAAUGGUUCCGAUCCUACUCAUUUGCCGACACCUCCGCAUACCGAGUAUGCACCACCGCUGUCCUACAUAAGACGGGAUGGUUCGAAUCAUGGCAUGACUGAUUCCAGCUCCACGGAUACUCUGUCCAACGUAGCAAAUAGUGAUACUACUAGCAACGGUACAUCGACUCAAUCCAACAAUCACUCAACUAUCACCACCACCACCACCACCAACGGGUCUUCCUUUAUUCGGCGCAAGCUGAAGGAGCUCAACACGACGGUGCGCUUCCGGAGUGGCAGGGAUUCGGUGCACAACGAAGCAUUUGAAUGGAUCGGUGACGAUGAUCUCUAGAAGGCGCUACAGGUGCGCUCGCGAAGCUGCCGGCAUACAGCAGAGCAUUUCGAUAACGAAUUUAACCGCCCAUUAUCCCGUUGUCUUCCCGAUCCUUCCGUUCUGUCUCUCGUCCCGAGAUGACCUCCAUGUCUUGGUGCAGGCGGGCCAGGAACAGAGGGAGCUGUCGUUUUAGCAGAAUGCACAGUAGGCCACAACGCAUGUUUGGCUGCUAUGCUGGUGAAGCUUUUCACCAAAAAAUUCAGCUCCCUCUCGCCUUGGCGAUCGCACCGCUGCCUCUCUAAUUUUCAAUCUCUAUAUAUAUACAUACAUAUUACACUUAUUAUCUUGUGAAAUUGAAUGCUGCUAUAGGAGAACUGUAACUGGCAGGUGGAUGGUGGUAUUUUGUAUGAAUGUAGCGAAUUUUUUCUUAGAAAAAGGAUCAUAAAGCGUACUAUCCCCACUUUGGCAGCUCGUAUAGAGCAUUACAAUGUGUGCGUGUACGUGUACGUGUUCGUACGUACGCCUGUGUGUGAGCGCAACCAUCGGCAGUGGCCGGGUUGCUUUAAUAAAACUAUAAUCUACUCCUCCACGUAAAACAAAAACCACGGAGGCAGUGCUUGAUAAAACAGGA